GCCUAGCAGCGAUCCGAGCCAGGCUGUACUUUUGCAAGGGAUACUUGUCACUAAUUCUGCCCACUGAAGAGAGCGGGCAGUUGCUGUGCUCUAUUAAACUGAGUUGGAGAUGUGGACAGGGGCAUCUCUCCCACCACUGAUCCAUUUUAUAUUUUAAUUAACUCAGUUGGAAGCAACAACAACAAAAAAAGAGAGAUAAGGCCACCACCACUAGCCCAAGAGCCACGAAGCACCCUGUGCUGCAAUCCCAGCGUUCAGAGGGGAGAAGCCAAGGGGACUGCUGAGAGGAAAUGUGCUCAAGGCACAUCUAGGCACUGGUUUCCAGUCCCAAAGGACUCUGCAGUGCUCUGCACACCUUAAAAUAACACGCGAGUCUAGAGAGAAAUGACUUCACCUGCCCUUGACACGCAGCCACCUCUGCACUGAGAUGUAACAGCUCGCAGCCGACUCAUACAAUCACGUAGGCGAGAAAACUUUAAACAUGCUAUUACAGCUAUCUGAAACAGCCUGGAGAAUUAUAGGAAGGGAGAACGUAAUGACUAGAGCUGGAAUUUGGCCAACACACCAGAGUCAACUGUUUGAAAAGUGCCAAGAGAUUGAUAACUACAGUUGUGUAAGAUGUUGGGGUUGCACUGAAUGCGAGAGCGCCGUGCUGGCUGGGCUUUCGUUCAGCAGUAACCCAGAGGAAAGAGUUUAAUCACCUAAGCCAUCAGCACUAUUUCUCCCAGCUCCUAGGUAUUAGUGGAGGCCUCCCACCCAUGGAUCAAACUUCCUCAACCCUGCUUAGCAUAAGAAAUCUGUUGAGAUCAUGGCAUAAAAUAACAGAGCUGUAAGACAUGAGAAAAGUGGCUGCAGGAACAGGCCAUGUCUGCAACUGCCCCUCAUGCCUGCUCCCAAACAAAUGCUUGUUCAACAGCCUUCCUGUUGUCUGGAGCUGUUUCUCAUUCUGAUACCCUUUUAAAAACUGUGGCCUUCAGAGAAAAAGCUGAGGUUGCUAAAGAUUUAGAUCCAGUGGCUAAAGUAACAGGAUAGUAAGACUGAGGGCUGCAGAUAGCAGGUGUCACAGGGGAGCACUUCAAUAUUGCAGUAAAGGAACAAGACCUCUAACAUGCAAAGGAAAGCCCUGCUAGUUGUUCUGGAUCCCACAGCUGUUCCCAGAGGAGGUCAAGUCAAAGUGUGCCCUACCCAGCAACUAUCAGAUCCCUUCCCCAUCUGAAACAGGACCACAAGGCAGGCAUCAGGACAGUGAUGGCAGGAUUCAGACCACAUUUCUGCUGGCCCACAUAAAAAAAGCCGGUCUCUCUGCAAACAGCACAUGCAAUUAGCUUUCCUUGGGCAAUUGCAACUCUAAAAUGCAGUGAGAACAGGCAAUGACAUGCAGUUAUUUCCCAAUAACCACCCAUCGCGAGGCAUUUUACUACACAAAUAAAACACAUGAGGCAGAUGUCUCAUCACCAGGGACUAACCCGUGUGGAUGCAGGGAUCUCGGCAGGGUUUGCUAACAGCCGUUCCCGUGGGUGAGGUGGGGAAGCGUCCCCCUUUGGACAAUUCUCUAGCUCUGCACGUAUGCAUUUUGGGAUCCUCUGAUGCAAGAGGCCCUGCAAGUGACAGCAGCAGCCACAGGUGAGGGGAUAAAUGAGAGAGGCUCAACAUGGCCCUGGGAAGGCCGGUGUCUGGUUAGUCACAGGGGGUCGCCUAUUAGAAGUGAGUGCUACUUUGGGCCCCGGAGGCAUAGCCACAGGCUGUAGCCGGAGACGCGCACGGGUGACUCAGACGCUUGGACUGCCCCCACCUCCCGGGGUCCCUGAGCAUGCAGCAGGCUGCCGCUCUGUGCUCCUUGCUCCCCACAGGCACUGGCUGGCGGUAGAAUACGUCUGGGUCAUCGUUCCCUACAUGACCUAUGACAUCUAUGUCAUGUACCUGUGCCACUGGCACAGAAGCAAAGACAUGGGGACGACGGAGAAGAAGAACUCACUGGCCAGUGUGAGGAGCUUCCUGAAGAAGGAACGCCUCAUGGUGACCCACCACCUCUUCAUCCUCAUCGUCCUCACACCAAUCACGCAGCACUUCCGCGGGGAGCUGGGGGAUUUCUUCGUCGGCUGCAUCUUCCUGGCAGAACUGAGCACUCCGUUCGUGUCACUGGGUAAAACCCUGAUGCAGCUAAACAUGCAGGACACGCGGCUGCACAAGGUGAAUGGGGUCCUCAUCCUGGUGACCUUCCUCCUCUGCCGCAUCCUGCUCUUCCCCUUCAUGUACGGGGCGUAUGCCCGGCAGGUGGGCAUCCCCCUCUACGCAGCCCCCUUCCACAUCCCCGUGCACUGCAACGUGGCCAAUGCCUGCCUCAUUGCCCCACAGCUCUACUGGUUCGUGCUGAUCUGCAGGAAAGCCCUCCGCCUCUACAGUUGCUCCUCAUCCGACAAGAGCCGAUAGUGGCUGGAGCGGGCUGCGGAGCACAAGGCUGGGAACAGGGCCAGCACCUGGCACUCUGCCCAGCCGCCUUGCCCGUACAAUCAGUGUUGGAGGCACCACCUUGGGGACAGAGCCACAUCCCCCUGGGACAGUGAGGGUGUUUGGAUUUCCAUGCUGUCCCCAUGGCGAGCCUGGGAGGCAGCGCCAGUCUCUCGCAGGAGGACUUUUCCCCCUGUAACACUCGAGCACCCUGCAUCCUGCCCAUGGCACUGCCUGGGCAUGAGCCAGCGAGUGGGAGUAUUGUCCGGAGAAGUGCGAGAUUCUUGUUGGGAUCAGGCCCUUUGCAAACUGCUCGUUUGUUAGAUGCUGCAGACCACGGGGUGGAGAGGGGACAGCUCACAGCACUGGUCCUCCAUCCUGGGAGGUUUUUAAGACCCAGCUAGACAAAGCCUUGGCUGGGAUGAUCUAGUCGGGGCUGGUCGUGCUUUGAGUAGGACGUUGGACUAGAUGUGACCUCCCGAGGUCCCUGCCACCCUCAUUGUCUGUUAUUCUAUGACUGAUGCAGCAAAACUGACUCUGAACAGCCAGACUGGGGCUAGGGGGAGACAAGGCUGAAGCCAGUGCUGUAAGGGACCUGGGUGUGACUAGCACUGCCUAGCAUGUGGCACCAGUGCAAGACCAGUCCUUACCUGGGCACUGAGAGUGGUGUCUCAGCCCAGAAGGACGGUGCAGGAGGUGCUGCCCAGAGCAGCCUGCUCCUGGCAGUCAGUUCCCAUCGCCCCAGUGCUGGCGCUGAACUCUGCUGGUUCCCUCUGGUUGCUGCUAGGCAGUGUCUGCCUCUGGUUACGCUCCAUGCAGAUGUGUCCCAGGACUGACCCAAGGUAACCCUGGUGCCAGCAGUGGGGACCCAGAGCACGCCAUGCUCUGGCACAGGCACUGCCAGAAAGUGGAUCCUGUGUGUCAGUGUGCCCAGUGCAAACACGAUUACAUCGUGAGCCUGGAGAAUCACCAGACAGCAUGUCAGUGCUGCCUCCUGCCCAACCCUCCAGCCCAGCCCUUCGCCUCUCCACGCAGAGAAGGCCGAGCAAAACUCCAAGGAACCGGACCUGGGGUCUAGGCAUCAAACCACGCAAGCUGCCGGAGCAGGCAGCAUCCCUGAACCUACCCUAGAGCUAGUUGUCUGCCUGCUGCAUCCAGGCCGACUGGCCCCAGCACUCUGCUGUGCUGACAGAAGAGCAAACACUUCCCCUCCCCACCAAAGUGCCACAAAUCUACAGGAACGGUCCCCAGCCGGCAGCGCUCCCGCUCCAGAGCCGAGUCGGACCCGUCCUCGUCAAUGGGGAACAACGGCCCCAACAGGUGUCUAAGCCAAACGCUGGCUGGUCCCUGCAGCCACCAGCAAGGCGAGCACCAUACCUGCAAGACGCGUCCAAACAGGUCCCGACUCCUUGUAACCUGUAGUGCCAGCACUACCGGGCCGCGUUUGUCCCUGGGGCAUGACCCCAAGAGGCAAAUCUGCCCCCUCCCCUCAGCCUCAUCUUAGCCACCUACAGAGUAAGUUUACAGAGACCACAGCCACCUCAUGGCUUUGUGUUUAUGCCCUAGGCCUAACAGUGGGGUUUGGAAGCCCUUAGCUCUGAGCCCCCUACCCUGGAGGCAGCAGGCCUGAGGCCCAGCCCAGCCCCAUGCAGCUGAACGAGCAAAGCAAGCAGCUCUUUCCAAAGCAGCUGCCACAGCUGUUCCCCUCCUUUAACAGGGGCUUCCUAAUGCACAACAAAAGCCAGCCAGAGAAGCUCCUACACGGGACGGAUGGCUGCGGAUACAUUUCUCUUGCCGUCUGUAUUACAAAUAACGUCUUAAAUAAAGGAAAGGCCGAAUGGACCAGUUGAGGCCUUUCCAUUUGCACUAACACUACCUUGGUUACUAUUGCACCCUCGGAAGAGACCAAUAAAGAAAUCUGUUCAGAA